AUGUUGCCUUCAAAGGAUCCUGUCGAGGUCGCUGCGCCCAGCGUCAACACCGAAAAUACCCAAGAGCACAUCGUUCACGGGAAGAUAUGGAGUCGUGACAGAUUCGGCGGUGCCAUCCUGCUCAACUUUCUUGCAUUCAGUCUACCAGCGCUCUAUGGCACACUGUCGAAACUAUGGGUGGCCAACAUCGACUCCAACAUGGUCGUCACCGUCGACUCCUACACCUAUAUCGGGGUCGUGGCAGAGGUGAUUAAUGAAGGACUGCCUCGGGCUGCCUGGGUCAUCAUUGGCGAUAAAUCGUCUCGAUCUCUUGCCUCGCGGUCAGGGCUUUCGCACACACUGAUUAUAGUCCAGAGUUUGCUCGGCCUACUGAUCAGCUUGGUCAUCCUCGGGGCGGCCAAAGAGUUCGCUGCUGGGUUCGUCCCCGUCGAGGUUCGCCAUGCCAGUUUGACCUAUGUUCGUCUCAGCUCCUUUUCCGUUUUUAGCGGUGCCAUUGAGACUGCAGUCACAAUUGCUACACGAGCUCUCGACCAUCCCGAUGUGCCAUUCACCAUCAGUAUAGUCCGGUUCAUUAUCAACAUUCUCCUGGAUAUGUUGCUCAUUUCACGUUUUCACGUCGGUAGCUUUACGCCGUCCGCCAACACACAGGCCGGGAUCCGACUUGGUUGUGACUUUGCUGCGGCUUUUGUCGGCCUUGCCUCCUUUCUCAUCAUCACCCUCAGGCUGCGGCGGGCGGAAGCACUGGGAGAAGUGCCACGUCCAACUGUCAAAGCGCUUCUGGUUUUACUCCGACCUGGUAUCCCCCCGUUCGUCGAGUCCGCCGUACGCAACGCGCUAUAUCUAUGGCUCGUUGCCAACAUCGUCUCCAUGGGUACCGACUACGCCACGGCAUGGGGUGUUUUCAACACCAUCCGGUGGGGACUCGUCAUGGUGCCGGUCCAGACGCUCGAAGCGACUGCGCUGGCCUUCACCGGACAUGCAUGGGGUCAAUGGCGGAGCGAUGUCGGCGGCGGACGUCGAAUGGCAACGGCAGGGAGAAAGCAAAUCCGUGGUAUUGCAACGCCGGCACUUUUUGCGGCAGGGGUCGCCCUCCUGGUAGAAAUUCCGCUCUGUAUCUUCCUAUCCCUAUUCGGAUGUGAGCCGUUUGCACGAUAUAUCUCCGGUUCAGAUGUCGUCGGUGGCAUCACAGCGCAUAUGUGGCGCACCAUCGACUGGUGUUAUAUCUUCUAUGCUCUAUCAACCGCACUGGCGACCAUUCUCUUGGCCACUGUGCCACGGUGGUACCUCUACCAGUCAGUGGUGUCGAACUUCUGCUACGUCCUACUUUGGGCUAUUGUAUGGCAGGUCGGUCAUCUGACUGCGGACGACGCCUGGACUUAUCACUCCUUUGUGUUCGGAGGCAGCCUGGUUUUCAGCUUUUUCGACGUGUUGCUGUUUGUAAUGCUGCGGGCGUGGAAGCUUCAUCGUGGCACACUCAACUUCGACAAGGUGCAGAUUGCGUAG